UUUUGAUUUAAGGCUAGGUUAAUUAGUGCACUAUGACUUUUAUUUAUAUUUUGCUUUGUUUUGUUUUUAUUUUAACAGUAAAUUGCAGAGAAGUAAAUAUAACUGAAGGAGGGUACACAUGGGUCCCAAAAAUUGAUGAUACUAGUUUAGAUAUUAUAACUGAUGAGGGAUAUUCUAUAGAAGUUAAUAUUUUAAAAUGUAAUUUAACAGGAGACACGGGCGCAUAUUUGCAAAUUACAUCAGAAAAUAUACACACAGAUGGAUUAACAUUUACUCAUACUGUGCCAAAAAACUAUACAUUCAUAAUAAGCACAAAUACAGCAAAGGCAAUGCUUGAACCAGGGACAGGGACUGACAAACAAUUUGGAGAUUUAAGUGUUAAAUUUAAAAGAGUGGGGGAACCACCAACUACCACUACAGAAGCACCAACCACCGACGUAACAUUCCCUACGCCCACUAAUGAGUCCAGACUUUUGACAGUUUAUUUGAAUAAUAAUCCGGACGAUUUCAAAGAUGCUGCUGUUCUAAGCAGUUUGAAAACUAGUCUUAUGAGAAUGGCUAUUAGAUACAGUUCUUUGGCUGAUUUUGUUUUAUUAGAAAAUAUAACAGAUAAAAACAUAUUGAUCGAAAAAAUAACAGAGUGUCCGAAAAUCUGGCGUGGAUCCACGCAAUGCGCAGAACUAACUUUUGCAGUACCAAUCAUCAUAGAUCCCGCACUAUCCAAAUACAAAGGCUACCAACUAAAAUCCGAUCAACUCAAAAUAAUGUGGCAGAGUUUAGCUGCAGAAUAUUUGGAAAAAUUUACAAUCUACAUGCAGCCUGAUGUGUACAAACUCAAUCUAAUUUGGUAUUUGACUGUCGGAUUUUUUGUUGUGACAUUUUGCAUUGGAUUGAUUGUGUUCAGGGUUGUUAUUUUAAAGAUGGCGUCCUGGAUGCAUAGUAAAGACUAUGAUGGCAAUAUUUCCAAUGAAGAUCCUAUUACAAAAAGUUCUUUUUCCUCUCCUAAUAUUAUACAGGAAACACCUCAAUUAUUUGAGUACGAUUUUUAUCAAGAAAAUGAUUUGCUGGAUGAAGUCGAUUUUAGAGGAUUUGAAAACAAUGCAUACGAUCCAGAAGAAGAGGAUAAUUGUACAGAAAUAUAGAUGUAUAUGUACAGAUAUUUAUUUUUUAGUAGUAUAAAUAA